AUGACAUUGUCAAUACUUAGUUUAAUUGUUUUUAUUGCAAUAAGCACAGUUGAGUGUUCUAAAUCAAUCAAGAAAAUUGAAGUGUGUCCUUGUGUGCCUAACAAUAUCUGUCCAGAAGUUAAUCGAUUUAGCAGAGAGGAUGCAAAAUAUUUUCAAACCGUCCUUAAGUGUUCAGAAGAAGAUUUUGUGAGAUGUUGUCCGCCAUCAAAGCUUCCUAAAAAAGCCAUGCAAAGGAAUGACGACGUCGAGAACAUUAUUCUGGUUGAUGAAGUUCCAGGAAAGUCAGCAGACCAUCAAGUCGAUGUAAAACCUUCUGAAGAGAUUCCAGAGGCAGUGACAGAAGUUGAUGAAGUGACCACAUUGGAACCUGAAUCGAUGAAUAUUGAAAAUGACAUUUCAACACUAAUAAGCGUUGAAGAACUGACAACAACAGAAAUUCCAAGUUUGAAACAAGAAGAACCUUCGGAAAUUUCCGAUAAAAAAAGAGAAGGAAAAAUUGAAGACAGCGACGUUUUCAUGAUUUUCCCGAAGAAAGAAAAUUCAGAAGGAAACUCGAUCGAAAAAGAUCUUCACAUAAUUUUCCCCAACGGUGAAAUCGAAGCUGCUUUAGCGACGUCAACAAGUAAUGCGGAAAAUAUUGAGAUUUCAGAUACUUCAACUGAGACUCCAAAACGUGUUGUAAUCCAUAAAAAAUUACUUAACAAGACUUCCGAAACAUUAGAGGCUUCUGAAAGCGAAAUAUCUGAAGUUGUUCAUGAGCGUGUUGAUAUUGAUGAAGUAAAAAGGCGAUUGACAGUCAUGAUGCGUAAUAAUAAAAGACGAAAAAAUUCAAUAUCAUCAAUAGCAACUACUCCAAUGACUUCAACAAACACACCGACUACAACUACGACUGAAAGGUCAGUUGAAGAAACCACACACAAAACUCCGAGAAGAAAGAUUAAAAUCAGGAAGCAUAAGCAAGUAACGACUGAAUCUCCAAUCACAGCGACAACCUUGACAGCUACUCAAAGCUCUGAAACUUCAACUUCGCAAUCGAGACGAAAGAUUAUUUACGAUACUAGCAGUAGAACAAAUUUUUUAAGACGACCGUCAGCUUCACAAUCGUCUGAUGAUGAGGAAGAAACUGAAAUCACAGAAACUUCGUCAUUGUCACCUGAGAUUACUUCGGCAAGUUUCUUAAUACACGAGACUUUCAAGCCAUUUGAUUCUCCUGAACAUUCCAAACCAGCUGAAAAUGAACAUCACGAUAUGAUUGAAGCUAUUCACAAAGCAUUACAUUCGGGCGUCGACAUUCAACUUAUUGAAAACAUGCUUCGAAAACAUAAAAAUAAGUUGAAGGGAAAUCGUUUUGAUGACUCAUCAGAUCAACCUACGAAACCUAAUCGAGGAAGCAUAAAAUUCCAACCACAUCAAACGAGAUCUCAGACAACAGAAUCGGAUAAUUAUCCGACAAGAUUUCGUACAACAGAAACUGAAAAUUAUCCCACGAGGCCUCAAACAACGAGAUUUGUGACAAGACCAACAACAACUGAGUUUGAAAAUUAUCCAACGAGACCUCAAACAAGACCCGCGACAAGACAACAAACAGCAGUCACUGAAAAUUAUCGUACAAGACGUCCAACUGCGCCAGGAGAUUAUUCAUUUACUCAAAUCAUUGGAUUAGGAUCAAAAGACUCGCCGAAUAUAAGAACAACAACUGUCGCUACACCGCACACGACUCAGAAGUUACCUCCGAGAAUCAUCGUGACUCAACCGUCGUCUAAUUCUCAACGCAUAAAUGACGACAUCACGAUAGAUGGAAAGAUUUCUUCGUCACAAAACAAGAAGCCAUCGAAUGAAUUUAGAUCAUCGCCUUUAUUUGGAAUCACGAUGGAUAGAUUUAAUGACUACGAUAGUGACACGAUUGAGAAGAUUCAUGAGACUUUAAGGUCACCACCGAGCUCUCAAGCAGGCUUCUUCCCUGUCAUUCAGAGUGGAACUCCAGCAUCUCCACUUUACACUUUAAAUCAAGUUUUUUAA